AUGUCACGAAAACCCGCGGAUGUGGCGUCCAAAACGCCCAACGAGUACAUUCCAUCCUUCAUCUCGAAAAAGCCAUUCUACGUGGACGAUGAGACAAACAACGACUACCUGGAGCAUCAACGUCUCCAGAAGGCCAUCCCUGAUCAGUCAAAAUGGUAUGAUCGAGGAAAGCGCGUGGGCCCAGCCGCCACCAAAUACCGCAAAGGCGCAUGUGAAAACUGCGGCGCGAUGACACACAAAACCAAAGAGUGUCUGAGUCGACCCCGAAAGCAAGGCGCCAAAUGGACUGGAAAGGAUAUUCAGGCAGACGAACUUCUCCAGAAGGUCGAUAUGGGGUGGGACGCCAAAAGAGAUCGAUGGAACGGCUACGAUGCCACCGAAUAUCGCCAGGUCGUCGAGGAAUAUGAAGAGAUGGAGGCCAUCAAGCGAAUGGCGAAGGAUGAUGCAAAUCUCAAGAAACUUCAAACCGAUGAAGAUGGCGAUGAAGCCCCCGAUUCGGAUAUCCGGUACGCCGAAGAAUCCGACAUGGGACGACAACAGAGUACCGCAACUCGCAACCUACGUAUUCGAGAAGACACCGCCAAAUACCUGCUCAACUUGGAUCUUGAUUCCGCCAAAUACGACCCGAAGACACGCCGAAUGGUGGACAUGGGCGCGCAGGAUGAUCAGGCCGCUGCACUUGUCGCAGAGGAGAAUUUCGUCCGUGCUUCGGGUGAUGCUGCAGAGUUCGAGAAAGCCCAGCAAUAUGCGUGGGAGUCACAAGAGAAGGGUCUCCCUCAACUACAUAUCCAAGCCAACCCCACAUCUGGAGAAGUCCUCCGAAAGAAAGAGAUUGUUGAUAGUGAAGCUAAGCGUGAGGCGCAUCGCAAAGCUCUCCUGGAUAAAUACGGUGGUGGAGAGCACUCAAAACCAAGUGCGCUGCGAGAGACGAUGGUCGUUGAAAACGAGCGAUUCAUUGAGUAUGACGAGAGCGGUGCCAUUAAGGGCGCGCCCAAGAACGCAACCAAAUCCAAAUACCCCGAAGACGUGAUGGUCAACAAUCAUACUUCGGUCUUCGGCAGCUGGUGGUACCAAUUCAAAUGGGGAUAUGCAUGCUGUUGUUCCACUGUGAAGAACAGCUAUUGUACAGGGGAAGACGGAAAGAAGGCCUUUGAGGAAGAAGGCAACAUGUUGAUGAUGACUGGAGCAACCGCCAACGAAGAUGUUUUCGAGAACGCUGAAGAUGCGGAUCUCUCUCACGAGUCUGAACAAGCCGACGGUAAGGAUCAAGAGCAGGAUUCAAAUACCAAUGGUAAAAAGCGGACGCUGGAAGAAUUGAAGUCGGGUAUCACAGAGGAGGAAUUUGACUCAUACAAGCGGAGCCGGCUGGCUGCUGAUGAUCCUAUGGCGAACUUCAUAGGGAAAGAUUGA